AUGAUGUUACCAGAAGUAUGCGUCGCGAAUAUCCUCUCCUUCACAACUCCGGCAGACACGUUCUCGUCGGCGGCUGUCUCGUCGGUUUUCCGGGUCGCCGGAGACUCUGAUUUCGUGUGGGAGAAGUUUCUACCGUCCGAUUACAAACUCCUCAUCUCUAGAUCGACUGAUCAUCAUCAUCGGACUUUCUCCUCCAAAAAAGAGAUCUAUCAAUGUCUCUGUGAAUCAAUUCUCAUCGAUCAUGGCAGAAAAAUUUUUAAGAUCGAGAAGCUUUCCGGGAAAAUAUCGUAUGUUCUAUCGCCAAGAGAACUAUCCAUAACUUGGAGCGAGCAACGAAAUUACUGGUUUUGGAGCCGUCGAUCAGAUUCAAGAUUUCCAGAAGGGACCGAACUUAUAAUGACAGAUUGGUUAGAAAUCAACAGAAUAAUCAAAACCGGAGCUUUAUCGCCCAACACAAAUUACGGAGCUUAUCUUAUUAUGAAAGUGGCGCCACAAGCAUAUGGACUAGACUUAGUUCCGGCUGAGGCAUCGAUAAAAGUGGGAAAUGGUGAAAAGAUAAUAAAGACAACUUAUCUAACUUGCUUGGAUAACAAGAAACAGCAAAUGGAGCGUCUGGUUUACGGACAGAGGACGGCAAUGACUGCGAAGGACGAGGCUGUCGGCGCUCACCGGAGGGAGCCAGAGCUGAGAGACGACGGGUGGAUGGAGAUAGAGCUCGGAGAGUUUCAGACGGGACGAGGCGGCAAGGAGGAGGAGGACAAGGAGGUUGCUAUGAGUCUAACCGAAGUUAAAGGCUAUCAGUUGAAGAGUGGGAUUGCCAUUGAUGGGAUUGAAGUGAGGCCUAAGCAGUCCCGACAAAACUAG